GUUGUUACUGUUGUGGUCUUUAGUCUUUGGCAUGUAAUGGACUCGUAUGAGUCUUGAUAAUUUUUAUUGUUUACGAGUACGAGCAGUGCGGGUCUGUGUGGUGUUUUUUGUCAGAACUAAAGUAAAGUAUGAGUAAGACCAUCAUACCAGGCCAUCAGAUCUCGGUGUGAUUUUCGUGUACGAGUUGGACUCACUCACUGUCAGCCAGUCAGACAAAUUGUGUAAGUGUGUGUUUGUUGGAUGGCAGAUUUUGUUGUGUAUUAUUGUGUGGUUCGAGUUAAUACUUUGUGCUGGGGUGAUGUUAAUGUUGCUGCUGCUGCUGCUAACUGUUGUUGUUAUAGUAUAGCUGCUGCUGUCUGUUUUGUCUUGCUUGGCUGGCUGGCUAGUUGGUUGGUUCGUUUGUUGUUUGGUUUGAUGGGUCUGGCGUUGCUUGCAUACUCUUUUUGAAAAUAGUUACAAGAUGUUCAUCGAAGUGAAUAGAACAUCUAAGCGGAUGAUGAACAUUAAUACGGUUUAACAUUAAUUGUUACUAAAUCUUCAACAUCAUCACCGCCAACCAACCAUCUCCAGUAACAGAACCUCAAAACAAACAAACAAAAAAAAAUCAGUAAAAGAAAAACACACUAAAAUCAAGCGAAUCUCCUCUUGCUCUGCCAAAAGUGUAAAUUGACAUCAUCCUCUCGUGUGUGCGUGUGUAUAUGGGAUGCAUGUUGUAUGUUCACGUGCGAGUGUGUGUGUUAAACAUGUCGGUGUGUCUGUCGCAUUGUAUCUGUGUGUUAAAUAAAUAGCUCUUUUUCGUAUUGUUAACGUUUCAAGCAUUUCAUUGGGUCUUUGUUGUGCUUUUUUCAAUUUUAUUUUUUUUUUGUCUGAAACUGCAAUGAAUUUGUGAAAAAUAAAGAAUAAGUAGCAACAACAACUUUAGCAGUUAAAGAGUAUUUAUCUGUAAGAGCUACCGAGAGUAUCAAUGCGCGGCAUAUUCAAAAAUUCAAUACAAUAGUAAUGGAAAAAACAGAAUUCACUUUUACCACAACUGUUUUACUGAUUGUACAAGAAAAUUAGACAAAAGUGGAAAUUUAAUUAAAAAAACAACAAGGAAAUAAAAAUAUGAAAUAAAAUAUUUUAUAAAAAAUAACAAUCAAACAAAAAGUUUUAAAAAAAUCAAAUAAACAAAAAAAUAUCUUAAAGAUAAAAAAAAUAUUUUUUUUAAUUUUCUUUAUAAAAAAAAAGAAUCAAAAGAAAAAUAACAAUAGAACAAAAAAUUCCAAAAAAGUUUUAAAAAAUCAAACCAAUGGAAAAUAAACAAAAUUAAAAAAAAUAAAUAUAUUUUGUAAUAUUCUUAAAAAAAUUCAAUACAAACAUAUGACCAGAAUUUUUAUAAAUUUAAAAGAAAAAUCUUUACAAAAUGUUAACAAAAUUGUAUAUAAAAUGAAAAUUUUUCAAAAUAGUGCAUUUUCAAAUUCUAUAGAAUUAAAAAUGAAAGCAAAAACCAGCAAAAGAAUUUUAAAGUGUUUUUAAGUGGUUUUUUCACACAAAAAAAAAGAAAAAAAUAAAACAAAAAUGUUAUCUUUAAAUAAACAUACAUACAUUUCUACAUACAUUUAUGUAUAUAAAAACCAACGAGUGUUUAUUCCUGAACAUGUUUAACAUUUAAAUGCAAAAAAAAGCAAAAAAUCUCAAAGAAAACAAAAAAAACUAUUUGGUCUACAGCCAUCAUCAGCAGCCAACAAAACCUAAACGCGCUGCUGUUAAAGACUCAAAAAAAAAGAAAAAUAUUUUUAAAUAAAAAAAUAAACUUCCUAGUGCUAAAAAUAUACACACAAGAAUUUGUUUCUAAAAGUGUUUAAGUGUUUGAAACGGAUAAUAAAAAAACAACAAUUUUCUUUAAAUUCAAAAUAAAUAAAAAAACAACAACAUUUUGUCAACUUCCAAAACAAAAUAAAAAUUUUGCAAAUUAAAAGAAAAAAAAAACAGAAAAAAGCAUUUUUUAAAUUUAAUUACAAAGAAAACAAGCUACUUUUACAAGUUAGUGGAAAUUUGUUAAAAUCUGGAUACAUUCUACCUAACAUUUCAUUUGUUUUUGGAUAAUUUAUGAAAAACUCCUUUAUAACUUUUGGAUUAUUUAAACAUUUUCUUUUAACAUAAGUGUACCUUAAAGAAAAAAACAAAGGCCAAAUGAAACUUCACUCAGCUCACCGUGUAAUAUAAAGGACCAAUAAAAAGCCAUACAUAAUAUUUUUUAUAUUAUAUACAAAACAAAAUACCCUUGGAAACCAUGGAAUUACCUUCUAUGGUUCAAAGAUCUGGCGACACAUUAAUAGUGCGCAGUGUAGUUAGUGGUAAUCCCAUUUAUAUGGAUCAAGAAUCACCAGGAAAUGCAAAUAACAACAUGAACUCCCCACAAGCGGUUGGUGUGGGUAACAAUGCUUCCCUAACCAAUACCUUACUGCUGGGGCAACAUUUUGAGCAGCUGAAGAAAGCUCAAGAACAUUUAAUGCAGCAGCAACAGCAAAAUAUCGCCCAAGAACAUCAGCGGCAGCAAGCAGCCGCUAUGGAACUUAAGGAGGAGGGUUUGCCACAAUGCAAAAUAAAGCGAAAUUAUAGCUGCAACUAUUGUACAUAUUUCACACAGAAUCCUCGCUAUCACUUGACACAUCUGCGCGAUGUGCACGGUGAGAAGAUAGUUAUAAAUAAAUGUAAAUUAUGCCUGUAUGCCUCCCGCCACUAUCAGAAACUGGUGCGUCAUAUGAAAAUGGUGCACGGUUGUACCGAUGGCAUAGCCAGCGGUCAUGGUCAGGCUCGUGGUAAGCGUGGCAUGAAUCGUGAGGCCAGAAAAAGGAAACUGGAAGAAAGUGUCCCAAAUACGGGUGUGAUAAGUGCAUUAAGCGUUGAGGAAAUAAAUGCAGAACAUAUUAAAUCCAAUAUGGAUCGCGAACAUCAGAAACUUCAGCGCGACAUUGAGGCGUUUAAGAAACAACAAGAAGAACAACAAAAAUCUCAACAGCAGAAAUUUAAUGAAGCCAUUUUUGCAGCAGCCGCCUACGAACAGCAAUUAAGGGUCCAAAGAGAAUUCGAUAAUAGAGAAUCUCUAAAAGCAGCCGCCCAUUCCAAUUACGAACAACAAACAUCACCCGUACAAAAUCGCGAAGGUAGUCCUUCCCAAAAUAAAACAUAUGAAACCACCACACCUGCCCAUCAACAACAUCAUUCUACACCAAUUCAAAUUCAAAUGCCUCCUCAACGAUCAAGUUUUGAAUUGACGCCUUCGCCCUCAGGCAGUAAUUCAUCUCCGCCACCGGCCCUACCACUACCACCAUCAUCGGGCCAGCUGCAAGCUGAGGCCUUGGGUGGUGGCAGUGUUACUCCAAUUGGUGGUGGUCAUGGUGCUUCGGAUGAACCCUCCAAUAAUCGCUUAAUGAAAUGCAGUCUAUGCGAUUUUACCACCUUGUAUCGUAACCAUUUGUUGGAACAUGAAAUAGAAGAUCACUGCAAUGCCAAGUUUUAUCGUUGUGAAAAAUGUUCGUAUGUCACCCACAUUAAGGCUCGUUUUAGCAAACAUGUCAAGUACCAUUCUAUGCCCAUGAUCAAAUGUGUCACUUGUGACUUUCGCACGCCAUACAAAUGGAAUCUGGAUCGCCAUAUGAAAAAUCAUGGUGGUGCGGGUCCCUUCAAAUGUGCUGCUUGUGAUUUUACCGCCGACAUUAAGCAAUCGCUUACAGUGCACGAAAUGAAUCAUCAUGUGCCACCUGUUGGCCAUGCCGCUGGCAUGACUUUGGCCCGUAGACGUAAUAAGGUGGGAGGCACAGAUCUUAACGAAGACUUCUUCAGUGAUUCCGCGGAAAUGUUGGAAGAUCAUUUUAACAACAACAAUAUGGACGAGUACGAUGAAAUGUUGAUGACAGCUGGGCCCAUAGGAGCAUAUGAGUCGAAAAGAUCGCGCUACGAUGACGAUGAACCUACGGAUUUAUCUCAAAAAGGCGGCUCUUCGGAUACAUCUUCCGUACACAAUUCCAACUUGAGUGUACCUAAAUCAAAGAAACCCUUACCGAAUCUUAUACCCAUAACUAAAGAAAGUGACAAUAUUUUGAAUCUUUCUACCGAUUUGGCCUCACGUUCUUCGCUGUCGGAUAUUGCUUCAAUGUUUUUCAAUGAAAAACAAAUUUCGGAAAUGUUGCAGCCCUCUGAUAAAACGGAGACUAUAGUUGGAGCUGCUUCGCAAUUGUCACCCACCACUACAAUCACCUCCUCGGUCAGCAGUAGAAGUAUGUUGAAUCGCAAAACUGGCUCCUUCUUCGAUAAGAUAAAGUCUGCCACCGCCACCAAUGAAAAUUUGAUUUGUCCUUGCGGUCACCUGGCAAAAUGUUUAUCGGAAUCUAUACAGCAUCGUAAGUCAUGUACAUUUUCGCCUCUUUCCACCAAUGACGAUAUAGACUUGGACGACGACGAGCAUGAUGAGGAUGGUGAUGAAGGCCGCCUAGAAAUUGAUUUUACCGAGGAUGAGGAAUGCGACAAACAGUCUCAUUCGGCUUUAAAUCUCAGUGUUACCGGCUCUACACGCUGCCAGUAUUGUCGUCAUCGCUGCAAAUCUUCGGUGGAUUUAUUGAAUCAUUUGAAAAUCUGCUCUGAGGCUAAUAGUCGUUGUGAUUCGUUGUCUGGUGAUAGUUGCGCUGGUAGUCGUGUUAUGAUGGGUGAUACCAGUGCAAGUGAAAUGCAGCACCACCCCAUGGAAAAUCGUGUAUUUAUUUGGAAUAAAUUACCUCGCAAUCAUCAAGAAGGUGGUGGCUCUCAAAGUUCUGAGGGCAAUCGUCAACAUGCCAGCAGUGGCAAUUCGUCUUCCAAUGCUGGCGGCAGUUUAUUAAGUGCAAAUAAUGAUGAAAAUAGUUAUUAUGGAGUUGAAACAGCUCCCGGCUAUGGAGAGGUAACAAAAAAGAUGACACCCGAAGAAGAGGCUGCCAAUUCAUCAUUGAAAAAGGUGUACAAAUGUCCGCAUUGUUCAUUUUGGGCUUCAACAGCAUCCAGAUUUCAUGUUCACAUUGUAGGCCACUUAAAUAAAAAGCCAUUUGAAUGCUCCUUGUGCUCAUACCGUUCCAACUGGCGUUGGGAUAUUACCAAGCAUAUACGCCUAAAGACCAUCAGAGAUCCUAGUCAUAAAAAUGCCCGUGUUCUGAUGAAUGACGAGACCGGCAGACGUAAUUAUACAAAAUACAAUAAAUAUAUUACUUUAAUGAAAGUCACCGAAGAGGAUGGCGAUCCCAAACUUAUGAAAUCGGGCGAGAUGACACCAAAUCAAGUCGCUUCAUUGGCCUUUAUCAAUGACUACAAUAACAAGCAACAGGGUUCCAAUACUAACACAGUCAAUACAACAAGUGUUAGCAAUAUUUUGAAUGGCGUAAGGGAGGACAUCACUUUGGAACCUAUACCAUCUAAGGCAACGGUAGCUAAUGCCGAUGAUCAGUUAUCGGAUAAUUUUAUGCGUUUGCCGCUAUUGGCUUCCAUGGUGAAUGCAGCCAUGGCUCAGCAUCAGCAACAAAAUGAUAAUGAACAAAAUACACCCACAUUAAUAACGCCGUCAGUAACAAUAUCGGCUGUCAAAAAAUCUCCACCGACCAAUCAAAAUUUCAAGCCAAGUGAUGAAAUCGCUUUGGAAGUUAGACAAGAAGGCAACGAUAAAAUUACCAACUACAAAUGUCGUAAAUGUAACUUUAGGCACAUUAAUCGCGAUGCGGUAUUGGCUCAUGUCAAAGUACAUUUUCCGGAUACAAAUCAUGCAAUCAAUUCUCCAAAAACGUUACAACAAAUGACGUCCAACAACAAUAACGGCCCCAUGCAAGUGUCGGUCAAUCCAAAUCUGUACAUGAACAAGGUAUUAGCUGCCAUGUGUCUAUCCCAACAGCAACAACAACAGCAACAUAAUUCCAAUACUAAUACACAACUAUCAAAUUUAAUGGCCGCAGGACUAUUGGAUCAGGCCAAUAACUCUCACUUAAGCGGGCUGGCCUUAGCUCUGGCCGGCAAAUCACCCUUAAAGUCAUCACAUUUAAAUGCAGCCGCUAACAUAAUUGAGCAUGGUGAGCAGAAAGCGAGUCUAAACGAGGCAAGUGCCCAACAAAACACUACGACGUCGCCAAGUCAAUUAACCAUAAAAACUUCACAAAAUCAAAAUCAACAACAACAACAGACACAAGCGACGUCUUCAUCAUCAGUAACAGGUGUUGGGUCGACGGCGUCGACAAAUUCACCCUCUUUACAGCAUUUAUUAACUUCACCCAGAGGCUCUUUCUCACAAAAAACAUCAAUUCAAAAUCAAAUCGAUGUUUUAAAUAACAACAACAAUAAUAAUAAUAAUAAUGAUACAAUGGUUAUGGGUUCGACACUUCUUAAAACUAAGUCUGGAUUAAUGACAGCAAUGUCACCAUCACCGUCAUCAUCGGCAACACCGAAUACAAUUGUAACUACCACUACUACUCCUCCUACAACUCCAAAUCAUACAUAUCAAUUAAAACAAUCGCCAUUCUCACUGCAUCCUGGUGAAGGUGGUGGUCUACUAACUGGUGAUAUUAUGGGUGGUAUACAAGAUCAUCAUAGUAUGGUUAUGGGUGCCUCUUUUACUGCCUCAUCCGAUCAUAUACCAACUAGUACUGUAAACAAUAAUAGUAAUAAUAAUAAUAAUCUGGCGACUUCUUUAUCCGCUGCCUCAUCUUGUUCUACAUCAUUAUUGUCAUUGUCUAAUCAAAAUUAUAUUCAAAAUCAAAAUCAUUCAUCUUCUAGUAAUAACAAUAAUAAUUUGGGUAAUUUAUCUGGUAAUGGUGUAUCAAACAAUAAUAGUAACUAUAACAAUAAUAAUGGUAACGUUAAUAUUAACGUUAAUGGUAACGGUAACAACAAUAACAGUAACAGUAACUUAUUAACGCACGAUACAACAACCGCCGAUAGGCGUGAUCCAUCGCCAUAUCGUUGUGGUCAUUGUCAUCAAGUAUCAAAUUGGAAGCAUGUUAUUCAGCGUCAUUGUCGCUUGAAGCAUGCUGGCGUUAUCAACAUCGAAACCCUUGAUCGAACUGCAACAAAUGAUCGUCAUGCAGCUCCCAUCUAUAAGCCUUUAGUAAAUGGGGCUACCAAUGAAACCAAUAAUAAUAAUAGCAACAAUAACAAUUCCGCUAAUAGUCAAUAUAACUUGACUUUAAAGGCUCUACAGCAGCAGCAACAACAACAACAGCAGCAACAGAAUCAAAAUAAUAGCCACAGUAGUGUACUUAUCAACAACAACAAUAACAAUAAUCAUCUUAAAAUCGCCAACAAUGUAUUAAAAUCCGAAUCGACAAAUAACUUAUUACAUUCACCCAUAGCAUCUGCUCUAAAUGCAGCCAAUACAUCACAAGAUUUACAAGCUGCUGUAGUAUAUCUAGCAGCAGCCUAUAAAGCGGCUGCCAAUCAAAGUAACCAUCCCAAUACUUUAGCCAAUCUGCCUGCAAUUACUUCCAUGGCAGAAGAAUUGCUGUUGCAGCAGCAAUUGCAACAGAACGAUCAAAUUGAAAUAACUAGAGUUUCAUCUUCAAAUCAUCAUAAUAACAACAGCAGUAAUAGCAACAAUAUCUUAACAUCCCAGCCCUCCGUCAGCAAUUCGAAUUUGGCCCAACUAUUAGAGUCUAAUUUAAAUAGCCAAACAAAUCGAGUAGCCUCGCCUCAGCACAAUGCCAAAUCGAAACAGCAAAAGUGUCCACUUUGCACGUACAUUUGUGAUAGUAAAUCUCAAAUGAAUUAUCACAUUUCGUUGCAUAAACCCACUCAGUAUGAGUGUCGCAUGUGCACCUUUGUCUGUGCCAAGAAACAGCAUUUGAGUUCUCACAUGCGUACUGUUCAUCAAAUGCAACAGAAUCAAAUUUUGGCUGCUGCUUCCAAUGCAGCCCAAGCGAAUGCAAAUAGUAUGAAUAUGGACUUUGGUUUGGCUUUGCAAAUAGCUUCUGCCGCUCAAAAUCAGCAGGAUUCUACCAACUUAUCGACACCACUGGCCAUUGAUUUGUCAGCCUCACCGGUGGCACGUACUACUUCCACCUUAACGCAGAGUAAUCAACAGAGCCUUCAAAGCCAAUUACCACCUGAAUAUCAAUAUCGUAUGAUCUACUAUUGCAACAAAUGUCCGGCACGCUAUGCCCAAAAACACAAUGAUCCUUUAACGGCGCAAAAAGAUUUGGACGAGCACUUGAGGCAGCAUGAAACCACCAACUCUAGCAGCGAAGAUAAACGCAAAUAUCACUGCGACUACUGUGACUUCAGAGCAAUGCAUGAGUCCAUUAUACAAACCCAUCGAUAUGUUCACACCACACAAUAUCAGGAGAAAUGCAAUGAGUUAUACAAGAAUUGCAAAGAGGAUUCGGUGUAUCGGGCGCCUAAAUUAAUGCAUAUAACAGCCACCAAAAAGCCUCACAUGCACGAGACCAUAUGGGUGGUGGAUCAUGAUUUGAACGAAGGUCACCACCAUCAACAUCAUCAAGCUAAACAUCACCAAAACUCAGUUAUAACCUCCAGUUCUCAAAGUAAUUCUUAUGAAGCGGGAAAUUCUCUGUUAAAAAAACAAUUGGAAUCACGACAAGUUGCUGGUGGAUCAGUAACAGCGACUUUAGCAGCAAAUGAGGAGAUACGCAACAACAAAUUAAAUCAAGCAGAAGCCGAAGAUUCGAAUACAGCUUCCACAUCGGCCUCUGUGGCAACUGGGGACCUGGCCCAUGAAAACGAAUCUCGUCCGGUACCCACCCCAGAAGAAUUACCUCAGGAAAAGUCACCAACUAACAAUGAUAAUGAUUGUAAAGAGAAAUGUGAACAUUGUCCGUUUGAAAGUUCAAACGAGGAAGAGUUUAAAACUCAUUUACAACAACAUAUUAGUGUCUCCCAACAGAAAUUGGCCUACACCUGUGAGCAUUGCGAUUAUUCAGCGGAAGAGCAAGAACAGAUUGAAGAGCACACCCGAGUUCAUUUCAAUGGCAUCGAAAAGUUAAAGGAUGUUAGUUUCUUCACGCACUACGAUAAAUUGGAAUUAAGUAUGGAGCAACACAAUACCGAUGACAAUACCGAGGCAGACAAUUUGAAUAUUAAAAAGGAAUUGCAAAACCACAAUAACAAUAAUAAUAAUGAAGAAAAUCGUGUUAAUGAAAAUUUAAAAGAUUCAUCCACAACCGAAGCCUUAAAGGCCGCCGAACAGAAACAACCCAAAUGUGCUAAAAUUAUUUUAUAUAAAAAUGAUGGCUGUCUAACGAUCAAAAAAGAGACAACAAAUGAUCAGCCACCUCAAAGCCAGCAGCAACAAACCAAUAGCAUCACGGAAAAUAUUAGUGACCGAUUACGUAGACGCAUAAGUCGUCAAGGUGCUGUAGGAGCCAACAAUUCUUUAACAUCGAACCAUGAGGAACAAACGUUGACAUCGUCGUCAACUUCAUCUACAAGCCAUAAAACUAUACUAGUUAAUGCCAAAACUGGUCAAGUUAUCAGCAGGAAUUAAAUAUUAUUAAUUAUUAUAGAAAUUUGUUGUAUAAUUUUUUCAAUACGAAUAAUUUCGUUUUCUCAUUAAAAUGCUUUAACAUUUUAAACUUUUCACUGUUGCUUUUUUAUGUGAACAAUCAUAAGUCACGUUUCGUUUCGGUUUAAAUUUAGCAUUAUAUUAGUUUUAUGUUUAUUUAAUAUAAUAUUUGUUAAAUUGUUUUUUUUUAUUAAUUUAGUUUAGUUUUUUUAUUUUUUGUUUUUCUCUUGUUUGUUACUAACGUUUUAUUAAUUUUAUUCUGUUCCCCGUUUUGUUAAAAUAAUUUAUAAUAAUUCAUAUAAUUAAUAUUUAAGUUUUUUUAUUUUAUUUAGCAUUAUAUACAUACAUAUAUAUAGAAAAAAUCAGGCAGGGGCAGCAAAUUGGUUUAAUUUAAUGAAAAUAAUAAAGAUAAAUUUAAUUAGAGGAAGUAUACAAAGAAAAAUAAUUUAUAUAAAGAAAAUACACUGUGAUGUUCAAAAAAAUUAAAACUUAUUUAAUAUAAAAUGUUUAAAAAUUAGAUAUACAAACGUAUUAUAUAUACAUACCUUAAAAAAAAGAAAGCAAAAUUAUGCAAAUUAUUAUUAUAAAUAAUUGUUUGUAGUUUCAAAAUAUAAUGAUGAUGCUGCACACCUUACAAAAACCAAGUAAAUAUUUGCACUUUAAAAUUUAUUUUUGUAUUUAAAUUAAAUUGUUAUACAACGUUUACCCCCUCUUAACUAAUAACAUACGCAAUGCUGACUAAUUGCAUCUCUGUAAAAUUUACAAAAAAUAUUAACAGAAUAAUGUCAAACUUAAACAGUCAUUGUAAACGUAAUUUCAAUUUCGAAUUUGAACAUUUUCUGAAAAGUUGUAAAACAAAGAAAUUACUUAAAAUUGGUGUAAACUGUUUUCCUUUACAAUUUUCUUUAAAAUAUUUUGAACAUUUCUAAACAUACAAUAAAAUGAGUAGCAAAAUAGUCAUUUAUUUUUAUUAAAUGUACAUACAUAUAACAUAAUAUAAUCUAUGUAGGUAUGUAUGUUUCGGAUAUUUAAAAUAUAAACACUAGUUAUAAAUCUAAUAUAUAAAAUAUUCUUAGAUAAUUUUACGAAUUAACUUUUACAAUUUACAAGUUAAAGUUGGGGGUUAAAGAUUCUUCUUAAGUUAAUAUUUUAUGUUUUAUUAUUUUAUUUUUACUUCAAAACAUGUAUUUUAUUUUAAAUAUAUUUUCCCACCUUAAAAUAAUUAUAAUAAAAUUCCAAUUUUUAAAGUAAUUCACUAACUUUUAAGCAAAUUACUAACUAACCUCAUUUUUAUUUUCUCACGCAAAAUAAAGACACAAAAAAUUACAAUAAUUAAAUUAAAAAUGUUUGAGUAUAAAUUUAAUUGAAAAUUAAAAUAUGAAAAUACAAAAUAAGGGUUUCAAUAAACACUACUGUAGCAACUUUAGCUUGUAAAUUGUUUAUUCAUAUUUGAAUAAAUAUGUUUUACAAAUAAAACAUAACUUAGCUUAAGAAGUGAACUUAAAUAUUUAAAAGAAACACUUGUGGAAUAGCGGGGCCAUAAUUUUAUUGAUAAAUAUAUAAAAUUAAUUAAUUAAAGAAAAAUUCAAUAUAAAUUUGAAGAAAAAAAAUUAAAUGUACAAAUAUUUCCAUAUAUUGUUAAAGAAAAUAGCAUUUAAAAAAAGUAAAAUUGGUGCAAAUAGGAUUCUGUAGUUAAAAUAAAAGCGAAAAAAUCAAAAAUUUUCAUAUUAAUAGGAAACAUGGAAAAACUCUAGAUAUUUAGGCCUUAAUUAUAAUUUGUUAUUUGUAUUAUUUUUGAUUUAUUUUGUUUUUUUUUUUUUGCUAAAAUAGUUAAAAAUCAUGCACACAGUAAGCACUUUACGCACACAAUUUUAGAAUAUAUUUUGAAAAUAAAAAUUUUGAAAAAUAA